CAAAACAACAGCUCUGUACCAACCCUAACCCCAACAAGCAUCUCCCGGGCUGGCUUCAUUCCACUUCACUUGUCAACCAUCGCACAACACCACACGCAUUCACACAAAGGCACAUCGUCUCCGCCACGCCCGCCACACUUCUGACAGACUCCUAGCUUAUUAUCACCAGAAAAUGCCCCGCAGCGACGAAGCUGAAGCCUUCUUCUACGCCGUCUACAGCGCCGUGCAGGAGAUCCCGCCCGGCAAGGUGACCAGCUACGGGCACAUCGCCAAGCUGGUCGGCACCCCUCAGCGCCCGCGCCAGGUAGGCGUCUGCCUCAAGCACCUGCCCUCCGACACGACGGUGCGCUUCCACCACGACAACGUGCCCUGGCAGCGCGUCAUCAACGCCAAGGGGGUUGUUUCGCCGCGGUAAGUUACCACACGUUCCAUACAUACAUAGGUAGUACGGAGUAUACAGUCCUCCUGUCCGCGGCAUCUCGCGUUGUGCCUACCUACCUCCCACACCACACCCCGACUUCAUCGUAUUGCGCUGCGCUGUUUGUUGUCGCCGCGCUGUGUCCAAAACCGGCCCGGGGGAGACCGGUGGUGAAUGAGUGAUGACUGAUGCCAUCGCAGAUCCCAGCCGUCUGGGG